AUGUCCCGCUGUCAGCUAGCACAGCUGCAUUCAAUCGACUCCUGUGGAAGUGAAGAAACCUUGUGUCAAACCGAAGAGUAUAGUUGUGCCAAACUAACAAAGAUGUGCGGACAGACAGUCAUGGUUUACGAGUGCGCCUGCGGUAAAUCAAAUCGGGAGAUCAUGCCUUCUCGUAUCUGUAGACCCGCUUGUGAGAUUCAGAAGGAUCAGCUCACAAUCCGGCUAAUUCGACCCUGUGGAGAAUGCUUAGCAGCCAACACUAACAUGUUUGCAGAGUUGCAGCGGGAUUCUGCAGAGCGCUCUGCCACUGCCCUUCACGACAAACCACUUCCAGGCAUUCCAGUACCUGGACCAGUCGAAGGUCUGCCACCAAGCUACCAGGAAGCCGCCGAACAACCCCCGACGUAUGCUCGUGCUAUCACUGAGGGUGAUCCUGUAUCUUACGACAAUGUCAUCACGGCUAUCGCUACUUUUCAGCCAGAUGAGAUCGUCAGAGCGUGGCACACCUUUCGCGCCUCUCAGCUGUCCCUUCUACCACCACUGUCGACUGACCUUCAGACACUUGAACGACGGGUCUCCAAAGCCAAGCGUCGCCUUCAUCGUACUGAAGACGUUGGUUUCUGCGAGGAAGUCACCAUCAGGUUGGCUCGAGAGCAAAAUAUCCUAGACAAGAGUCUACAGCAGGGCCAGAGAUAUCUCAACGCUACCCUUGUUCUCAAGUACGGUCUUGACAAAUAUCAAAACCUUGCCAAAGAAGCUACAAAGCUCGGAGACUACGAUCAAGCUCGCUUGCACGUCAAAGUUGCCAGCGAACACGCUGACAAACUCCUUGAGAUGAAAAUUGAGCUUUCAAGACCUGAACAGCAACCGCGACGAGUGGCUGGACAUAGUAGACAACAGCUUUACCUGCUUGAGAAAGUCGUGCAGACUUUGGAAGCAAGGACUACCUCGAGAGUUUGGGCUUUUGUGCAAGUUACAACUCGUUCUGUUUAUGAGACGCACUGCUGA